GAUCUUUGGGGUUUUCGACUCCUUUCAGGACCAAUCGGAGCUUUGGGGCGUCUUCCAGAGGAGGAGACUCUGGAACAGUGCACUGGGUACAUACACAGCGCUAUAAAAGCCAGAGGAUCGCCAGCGAGCCUCCGCUUCCAGAUCCAACUUCAAGCCCAACUGUCAGGAAGACACGAAGGCUCGAGUGCAGAAGGUGGGAGACAAAUAACCAGCCACCGUUUAAAGUGUCAAAACAACUCCUCCAAAACUCCUCCACGUCCCAUUUUAGGACGUUGCAGAGUUGACCCAGUGUAGUAGGUUCUGGGGGGUAAAUAAGGGGAUUGUGUCUGGGGAACGCUGCAGAGAGAAGACAGCCCCUGAUGUCUUCCAUCGAUGCCACUCGGGUCUUUGACCCGUACGUGCGGGUGAUACAAGAUGCUAACUUCACGCAGUUGAUCUGGGACAAGUCCUUACUGCAGCCCAUGUGGGAUUACAUGCGCCGACACCACCAGGACACCAUCCGCUCGCCUCUCUUCCCCGUGAUCAUCUCCGUCUCCACAUACUUCAUGGUGUGUACAUUCUACAUGACAUUGGACUUGCUGGCGCCCAAAUGCCCGGCCAUCAACAGGUACAAGAUCCACCCGGAGCAGCACGUAGCGUGGGCGGACAUCCUCAAGACCCUGUGGCACACGGGCUACAACCACAUUAUCUUCGUCUUCCCGGCCGCCGUGUGCCAGUGGUACUAUCGGCCCCCCAUCCCAUUGCAAGACGAGGCGCCGCUUCUCUCCGAGUUCCUGGUCGGCAUCUUCGGCUGCACCAUCCUCUUCGAUUUCCAGUACUAUUUCUGGCACAUGAUGCACCACAAGGUGAGAUGGCUCUACACCACUUUCCACGCCAUCCACCACGAGUACUACGCCCCUUUCUCCUGGUCCACCCAGUAUCUGUCCUCCUGGGAACUGAUCAGCCUAGGGUUCUGGGCCACCAUCGACCCGCUCAUCCUACAGUGCCACCACCUGACCGGCUUCACCUUCAUGGUCUUCAACGUGUGGAUCUCGGUGGACGACCACAGCGGCUACGACUUCCCCUGGUCGCUGCACAACAUCGUCCCGUUCGGGCUGUGGGGAGGCACGGUCAAACACGACGCCCACCACCAGAAACCCAAUUGCCACUUCGCCCCUUUCUUCUCCCACUGGGACUGGCUGUGCGGUACUUGCUGUGACACCAAGCGCUCGCCAGCCGUGCAGGAAAUGGAGAAGAAGCGGGGCAAAAAGAAGAGACAUGUCUAAGAACAAACAGAAAAACAGACAGAGAAAGGAGAGAGAAAAAAAAAUCUCGCCAGAACUGUACCUUACCUGCGUGAAACCCAGACGUGGGAUGAGCCCAGAUUGGAGAGGACAGAGAGACUGUCAGUGCAUUGGUAACAAAAAAAAACUCUUAGCUGCAGGAAUACUCUGCAGUUCCCUUUCACAAUAUUUAUUUGGCAUAUUUUAAAACGAUAUUUUGAAGCUACGCCCAGUGCGACAGUAAAACGCGUGAUCUUUGUUGUAUUUACCGUUAUAUAUGUUGACCUGACGGCGUGCCCGCGGGGUUUGGAAAUGUAUGGGGACUCAGCGGUCAGCGGGUCGGGCAGUAUCUAGGGAGGGAAUGGGCAGGCGAUUUAUUGUAAUAAGUUGGGAAG